CACCGACUAUCAAGUCGACAAAAGAGCAAAACUACCAUCUGCGAGGACUAUACAGUGGGCUGCGAGUGCGAGAAGAAGAGACAUCACGGCUGAUUUGCUUCUGUUGCUAGACUGCGCGAGAUUUGUUGUUUGCAAUGGCUGCAGGACCUCGGGCGUUCCCGCAAACCUCAUCCGGUCGAGCUGAUGCAACACAUUACCAUGUUUUGUAUUCUGGAGUGCUGCAGAUCCGCUUUGCGAUGCUCGUGAAGACGACGUUUUUCAUGAUCUACUUCCCGAACUGCGUGCUGACGUUUUUCCGAUAUGGAUGGGUCUGGGCGCUAAUUCCGUUCAGAGCGAUCGUAUUGACUGCGGGUAUAUUUGGUAUUUACGUUCUCCGGAAAGCGAGAUUGCACGUCGACGAUCGAACACCUCCCAGUCUACUUUACCAGUUGAAGCAGCGAAUUUUCUGCAAAUCCUACAGUAGGAUCUUGAUCGUCUACUCUUUCUACGUUGCACUCUUUUUGUUUUUCUACUGCAGAGAGUUUUCAGGUCUGACAGUAUUCGCUCCGAAAAAGGCAUUUGAGCUAUAUCGAUUGAAUGAAAAGAGAGUCUCUCUCUCUGUACUCGCACUUGUGGAUGCGGCUAUUUUUAGCGCUUACUACUGCUGGUUUGAUCUCGAUAGAAUCCAGCUUUCCAACGUGAAGGAUGAUCCCAUGCAGGAAGUGCUGAGAUCAGUGGUCCCUUCGAUUACGCUGGCACUUAAACUGUCUGUCCUUUCGAUUUUGAGCUUUGUUACCGUCAUCUAUCCCUCUGUCCGAAGCUCAGUGUGGAUAUUCUCGUUGAAUAUAGCCAGAUUUUUUACAAAAUUCAACAAGGAGCAUGAACUUCAUAGAUCGAAUAUCAUGGGACCGUUCCCCUUCCCAAUCUUCCAUUGGUUUUUGUUCACGUUUUUGUUGUUUUUCAGUUGGCGGAUGGCAAACUACAUGUUCAAUAUCUACCUAGCCCGUGGCUCGCGUCAUCGUGGUAAAUUGAUUAGCGAGAAAUCAAGUGACCCUAAUGGAUCAUUAAUUACGGGGCUGCGCUCGACUAAAAGACUGUUCACUAAGCGAACGGCGUUCCAGGAACUUGCAUACAUCGCUCAGAACGAUGGCCGACGACGCGACAACAUUUACCGAGACAUCGAGAAACCCACAAUCUGGAGUCAAAUAUGCUCAGAGUGUAUCAGUGUUGUAACCGAUAUGCGGAACAUGUUUAGUCUCGACAAGAAAGCUGUCGCUGGGAAAACGAACGCCCCAGCCGCCUCACGCCCUCCUAUUCAGCCGACCCCUUCGUCAAGUCCGACCCCCGUUACAAUCAAGCCUCGGAAAGAUAAUAUUUUCGUCAGCUCGCGGGCGAGUCCCGUUGCUUCGGUGGAAAACAGGGUGCUCAAGAGUGUUCAGGAUCCGCAAGCGGUGCAGUCUACGGUCGUCAUAGGGUGGCUUGACCAGUUACAGGCUACUGCAAAGGCGUGGUUUAAAGCCGCGAAUGCAUAUAGAGAGAUAUUUCUCAAACAUCCGAUUUCGAUUCCUUUCAGAUGGACGAUUGAGCGAAAGGUAGCCAGACUAGCGUCGAAUAAGGAUAUGUAUAGCGAUGCGGUCACUGCUCUUUCGUACUUCCUGGACUACUCUCUUGCCGAGGACACAUAUGGAACCGUGCAGCAUGACAUUCCCAGGAUUAUGAACGAGCUGGAAAUCACGAUGACUGCAUUGGAGAAAUUCCAGAUGAACCAGCCUCUGGAACCAAGCGAUACCGCGGCCUGGCUCUACCGAGAAUCAGCGGGCAAGCCGAUCGAUCUUCCGGAACUGAACGAGAUUUACGAUAUAACCGAAGAAGGGUUCUUGCGCAUAUACCAGCGGUUUGCAGAAUACCUGCACGAUAUACCAUUGACGUCUAAUGUCAAGCAGAGAUGUCAGAGCUAUGCCGCCCAGUUUUAGAAAAGGCUGAAGCUGUACUAUAUAAAUCCACUGCAAUGACCAUAUACUGGAUGAGAGAUUUAUUAAU